AAGGCAGCGCUAUCUCUGAAAAGGCACGACAGCUGCCCGGUGUGUUUGGACGCUCUACAUUCCGGAGUUACUGCAUUGAUAUCAAUACUAUUAUACGAAAGCUGUUUAAAUAUCAAUAACUUCUGGAGGAGUGCAGACACGGUUAUUAUCUCCCCUUCUUUGGUGUUUGUGAAUUUACAAUGGGUGAGAAGAGAGCUGAGUGGUCUAGCCCUGUUGAAUUUAUCCUGACAUGUGUAGGCUUUGCUGUGGGGUUGGGUAAUGUCUGGAGAUUUCCCUACCUAGCGUUUAAAAACGGAGGAGGGGCGUUUAUCAUCCCGUACUUCACCUGUCUACUCUUCAUUGGCAUACCUUUGUUUUACCUGGAAAUUGCUUUUGGACAGUUCGCCAGCCUCGGACCUGUCAAAAUAUGGAAGAUAAAUCUACUGAUGAAAGGGUUGGGAUUUUCCAUGAUUAUCGUCUCUUGGGGAAUAGCUCUGUAUUACGUCGUCAUUAUAUCUUGGUGCUUAUACUACUUUUUUGCAUCGAUGACGUCAUACUUGCCAUGGCAAGACUGUGACAACAACUGGAAUACGUGUUUGUGUCAAGAUGGGACCCGAAACUUUUCGCAGUCAGAUCCUUGGCUUGGCACAAGAAAUGAAUGUUUGACUUUUGAUUAUCCAGUGAACACAACUGGCGUUGCUGUCAGUGAAGAAUACUUCAGACUUCAUGUACUGGAAAUCACGGACGGAUUUGAGAGUUCGGGGGGAGUAAAGUGGGACGUCACUCUAUGCAACCUCAUGGCCUGGGCCAUUAUAUUCAUCGUGCUGUCCAAAGGAAUUAAAACACUAGGAAAGGUGGUGUACUUUACAGCUAUAUUUCCGUACGUUCUUCUGACUGCCCUCCUCAUCCGUGGACUGACACUGGAUGGCUACAAACAAGGAAUUGAAUACUAUAUCACUCCCGAUCUGGACAAACUUACUGACGCUAGUGUAUGGUCAGAUGCGGCGGUCCAAAUUUUCUACUCACUCAGUGCCUGUCAGGGAGGCCUUAUAGCAAUGUCUAGCUUCAACAAGUUCAAUAAUAAUGUUCUCAGGGAUACAUUUCUGGUUCCAAUAAUCAACUGCCUAACCAGUCUGUACGCAGGCUUCGUCAUUUUCUCCGUUUUGGGAUUUAUGGCAGAUGCCAAAAACGUAUCAGUCGCGGAUGUGGCUAAAGCAGGUCCUGGUCUUGUUUUCGUCGUGUAUCCAGAGGGUCUUGCUCAAAUGCCAGUAGCACCAUUAUGGUCCAUCUUGUUUUUCUUCAUGAUGGCCACGCUAGGAUUCAGUUCAGCGUUUUCCAUUGUGGAAACUGUGAUGACUGGCCUUCUUGAUGAAUUCCCAGCUCUUUCAAAAUCAAGAUGGCGGGUUCUUGGUUUCCGGUUUGCAGUAUGUAUGAGUGGCUUUCUUUUGGGGUUGCCCAUGACAACAAGAGGAGGUGAUUACAUGUUAACACUUGUGGACAACGCUGUGGGUGGAUUUCCGCUAUUGUUCGUAGGAUUUUUCGAGCUGAUUCUUCUUUGUUACGUUUAUGGGUUCUUCAGAUUUAAACGGGACAUUGAGAUGAUGAUUGGUGAUAAACUCUGUGUGAGGCUUUGCUUCUGGUACUUUGGCGCAUGUUGGUUGCUGAUAUCGCCUUUGGCACUUGUGGCAGUGAUCUUAUUCAAAAUCAUCCAGACAAAGCCUCUGGAAAACGAAGGAUACGUGUACCCCGACAGUGGUCAAGUGAUCUUCUGGAUGAUCCAAGUCACGUGUUUGAUUGGAAUUCCUGUUUGGUUUAUUUACUACAGCUUCAGAAAUGGACUUGGGAAGCCAACAGACGACUGGGGACCAGCUCUUCCUGAAAAUAAAACUGGUCGUUAUUCUACAGGGCUCAACGACAUGGCCAAUGGAACAACCGCCUCUCCCAAUGAUUACAUUGUUGAUGUAAAUGGACACUCCAAAACAUUUGACAAUGAAGCUUAUCAUGUGGACACGGAGGACACGAAUUCCACAAAAUUUUGAAAACCUAAAAAGUCUCUCUUUGCACCCUUAUAAACCUAAGCAAGAGGCGUGUCACGCAAUCUAGCUAUAUUUAGCGAGUUCUAAUUGUUUACAAUAUUCUUUACAAUUGGUAAAACAGCAAACUUUCCAGUAAAGCAAUAGCCAUUUAUCCUAUCUUCUAUGAAGCAAAGCUAAUGGGUAUCAAAAUAUUACAAAAAGAUCUUAAUGUUACUUUGGCCAUAUAUCUACCUCUUUCAAUGAGUGAACUCCAUAUUGAAUAUGCGUGAUCCACAGGCACUUGUUUCUGUAAAUUACUUAUGACCUCUGUAUACUAAUAACAACACAAGGUACCUAGCUUCAAAUGACACAGAAUGGCACCCCCUGAGAAUGUCGGCCUUUUGAGCCUCCAAGGAAUAUGCGAUGCUAAUGUAUUUACUACCGUUGUAUUGUACAAUCAUUCAGCUUAAAAACCAUGUAUGACAUGACUGCAUUCAUUGCCUCUUGUCGCCGAAAACUGCAACAAAAAAUGGCUUUUCCGUUUUAUACCACGAAGUGCUAUGUACUGAUACCGCACAGAAUACGUGGUCGAUUUUGACUGGCUAGCACGCUCUUCUAAAAUUACGUUUGGAAUUCUUUAGAAUUAUUUAUAGAAAGAUAGAGCAUCAGAGAUGAAUUAAAAAUAACAGGCAAAAGGAUGAUUUUAAUGGUGACCAUUAACCACAAUUGAUCUUAUUUUAUAUAAUUUAGUUACUAACAUUAGGGGGGGAAAUGCUACAAAAAAUAAAGGGGACUCCAUCCCCCAUAUUUUUUUCCACAGACACCUGAUAACUAUAAUCCCCCCUUCUGAUUUUUUUUGCGGUGAUAAUUCCUCCAAAAUGUGUGGAUUCCUUGUCUCUCUCAACCCAAUUUCGAUUGAUGUAGUUGUUUCAUGCUUUUCACAAGCUUUAGAGAUUGGCCUUCUACUGGACUGGUAUAAUACAGAAUAUACUUAUUAUAAACAGUAUAAGGUAUUUAAGGCUUACAAAAAAGCAUGUUUACGAUUACAUAAUUUGAAAUUAGGAUGGAAUAGACGGGGAAUCCACACAUUUCGGAGAAAUAAUCGCCGCCCCAAAAAAUCAGAAAGGGGGGGGGGGUGUCCAUACUUCAGAUGCCUGUGAAUUUUUCCAUAUCGGCACAGAUCCGUAAUAUUAGGGAUGCGGGGGAGGGGGUUCGCCGGAGAAGUUGUAAGUUGCACAUGGCUUGUUUACAUUUCCUGACAGAUAAUGAUAAAAAUAUGAUAGUCAUGAUAAAGACCUUCAGAACCUUAAUCAGUGUGUGCAUGGGGGGGGGGGGGGGGGGGGGGGGUUCGUUAUAUAGUGUUCGUCAUUGCUGUCGCAAUUUUUUCCCCUCAGGCUGGGAGGGGGGGGGGUCAUUCUUUGCUCCAGGGCUUCAAUUCAUAACUUUCAAGCUUACAUGCAUUAAUAUCUUCUCAUUCACUACUACAUCGUACUAUCAAAAAUAGUGGAUGGCCAGCCAUUCUCGCAAUAUAUCUUCAUUUGCAUGCAUGAAAAUAACAGUUAAUGUUAAGGGUUGGCCAGUCGCCUCCGAAAAACAUUGAUAUGUGCCUGCAGCGUUCUUGGUACUUAUGGUGGGUUUCAUAAAACUUUAAUGCAACAACAGGUACUUGCCACAUCAAUACAUACCACAAAGUCAAUAACACACCACUAAAAAAAACUUUCCUUGCUCUAUUUUGCAUGCUUCCAAAUAAUCUUUUAUCUGUAUUUUCUCUGACUUUCCAUAGAUCUGCAUGAAACAUGCAAUUGGCAGAAAUAUUUCUCAUACUAGUUAACGAAGUUGUAUUUACAGUAAGUCAUAAUUUCAUUAUUAUCUUCAUCAGAAAUGAUUCCGACACGAAAAUAUUUUUAAAUCUCCACUCGGGAAGUCUUAGCUUCUAUCUUCUGAUGACAUGUAAAAUCCCGAAACGUACGAACAGCUUUGGUUUUUUUGAGUAACUAAAAAUAGCGUGCAGCGCCUUCAAUUCAAAAUUUUUAUUUUGUUAAGAAAGCAAUAUGUUCAAUAUUUUUUGGUAAUAAACAUCGUAUCAAUUUAUUAUGAUAAUAAAACAAUGAGACUUUAUUUUUCAACACAACGAAUAUACAAUUUUCAUUCUGUGCGGUAUCAGUACAUAGCACUUCGUGGUAUAAAACGGAAAAGCCAUUUUUUGUUGCAGUUUUCGGCGACAAGAGGCAAUGAAUGCAGUCAUGUCAUACAUGGUUUUUAAGCUGAAUGAUUGUACAAUACAACGGUAGUAAAUACAUUAGCAUCGCAUAUUCCUUGGAGGCUCAAAAGGCCGACAUUCUCAGGGGGUGCCAUUCUGUGUCAUUUGAAGCUAGGUACCUUGUGUUGUUAUUAGUAUACAGAGGUCAUAAGUAAUUUACAGAAACAAGUGCCUGUGGCGUGAACGUCAAAAUCAAUACAUUUGAACAUCAAUAUUGUUCUGGGGUUAAUGAGAGCAGUAACACAAGGAAGUAGAUCUUAUAAUAAAUAUGUUGUAGAAAGUACUUUGUAAUAAUGAUAUAAUUUCUCAUUGUAUACAUUUUUUGUAAUAAACAGUCGGAACAAAA